AUGUCUCCACCGCUGUUGGGUGCUGAUGGGGAAGGAGAAGGUAAGGUCUCCUUGCUGGCUUCUGCGGCCUCCAUGGACUGUGUUUCUCAGAGUAAUUCGGGCUUAAAAGAGCGUAAUUACCUGGGAUUGUCGGAUUGUUCCUCAGUGGACAGCUCUGUUAUGUCGAACUUGUCAGAGGAGAAUAAGAACAAUCUGAAUAUGAAGGCUACAGAGUUGAGGCUUGGUCUUCCUGGAUCACAAUCCCCUGAACGAGAUUCAGAACCUAACAUGCUGAGCUCAGGAAACUUUGAUGAGAAGCCCUUGUUUCCUUUGCUUCCUUUGAAAGAUGGAUUUUGCUCAGCAUCACAAAAGACUGUUGUUUCUGGCAAUAAAAGAGGGUUCUCUGACACCAUGGAUGAAUUCUCGGGCGUGAAAGGUUCUCUGUUUACUGAAGGAAAUUGGAUGUUUAAUGCAGGUGGUUCUAAUUCCGAUACACAUCAAUCUGUGGGACAAGGAAAGUUUUCUAGUAAUACCGGUAUACAUGGAAUGCAAUCAUCUAGGUCAUCUGUGACUCAGCCUGCCAUAAUGAAAGAUGUGUCCUCAAAGGCAUCACAGGAACCGGCUAAUGCAACAAAUGGGACAAACCAUAACAAAAUGAAUGGUUCUAACAACAACAGCAAUGCACCUGCUGCCAAGGCACAGGUAGUUGGUUGGCCACCCAUAAGAUCAUUUAGGAAGAAUACAUUGGCAACCACUUCGAAGAACAAUGAUGAGGUCGAUGGAAAACCUGGUCCUGGUGCUCUAUUUGUCAAGGUCAGCAUGGACGGUGCUCCAUAUCUGAGGAAAGUUGAUUUGAGAACUUAUUCUACAUACCAAGAACUGUCUUCGGGUCUUGAGAAGAUGUUCAGCUGUUUUACCUUGGGUCAAUGUGGAUCCCAGGGUGGUCCAGGGAGACAAAUGCUGAGUGAGAGCAAGUUGAGGGAUCUUCUGCAUGGAUCAGAGUACGUUCUUACGUACGAGGAUAAGGACGGUGACUGGAUGCUCGUGGGAGAUGUGCCAUGGGAGAUGUUUAUUGAUUCAUGCAAGAGGCUGAAGAUCAUGAAGGGCUGUGAUGCUAUUGGAUUGGGUACGUAUUACUGAUUAGUUGAUUCUAUUCACCAGUUUUAACAAUUGGAAACAUUGUCCUUAAUAUUGGGUAUUGAAAUCUAUAUGAUUUUUCUUAGAGCAUGCUGUGUAAGAACUUUGCGUGGAAAUUAAGAAGAACUGUUCGCAUGUGCUUCCAUUUUAUAUACCUUGUUGCCUAUUGAGGUCAUAACUCUCUUUGUAGCUACAAACCAUUUGAGGUCAUAGCAAAUAUACGAUCAUGCAGUCUGGCUUAGAUUUGACAUUGAUUGACUACUUCAUGAGCUAAUCACUGCAAAGGAAGAAAAAACCUAGAAGGGGACCAAAGCUAGUGGAAAUGAUGAAGAAAUAAAUUAGAAUAAUUGUUACAAUGGCACAAAACUUGGCAAUGUCCUGAUUACAUAGAGAAUGUAAAAUGAGAUAGAGUUCCUUCAGUGGGCAUGCUUCCCAGUCCAAAACUCUCCCAGGGCCAUGGAAAAAUCCA